GGGACCACACGUGACGGCAGCACAACGUCUGCGUAUUCAGUGACGAGACAUUCUUAGUGGCAAACAUCCCGUUCGGGUCGACCAGAGGACGCUAGACUCGUUGUUCCGAACCCGGCGCAGUUCUGGGCCCGAGUUUGUCGACCCGCAACUCCUGACGACCCCCCGUCGUUCACCUGAUCCACCUGACUAAUCACGCGAGGCUCGCGAGCCCUCCGCUCGAGUCCGGCCGGGACGUUCCGCUGCCGGCCAAGGGGUCGAGACGCGGCGAGGCGGCAGGCGAGACGGGGAUUAAAGCAGCGAAUCCGACGUCGGGGCGAAUAAACGCGGCGCCGCGCCGCCACAUCUCACUUUAGUUUCACGUCGGUUCAGAGCGGCUGGAAAUAUGCAAAGCGGUUAGUUGUACAUAUGUGGAAACCCCCCCCCCUCUCGUCCGAAUGGUAGGGUCUGCCAUUGUGACGUAGCGCGGCUUCGGCAGGCAGGCAGGCAGGCAGGCAGGGCUCGGCUCGGGGCUGAGGAUCCGUUGUUGGGGAGAAAAGCCUGACGGAGUCCCAGAACAGCUCGUUGCCAGGCGCAUCCGGCGUGCACCUCCCCCCCGCUCCGCCCGCUCCGAGGGACGUGUCUUCCCCCGCCUGUCCUCCACCUCUUUAUACCUCCACAUAUCUGACGCUUCUGUCCGACCAAACAUGGCUUGCGGCGCGACGUUAAAACGGUCGAUGGAGUUCGAGGCCCUCCUCAGCCCCCAGUCUCCCAAGCGGAGGAGAUGCAACCCGUUGCCGGGGAGCCCGAGCGCUCCGUCCCCGCAGAGAUGCAACCUCCGUCCGCAGAUCAUCGACAGCCCGCCGCAUGCGGCGUCUCCCCCUCCGGCCAGCGGCGGUGAACACCGGCUCACUCCAGAGCAGAUCUUCCAGAACCUCCGCCAGGAGUACAGCCGGAUCCAGAGGCGGCGGCAGCUGGAGGGGGCCUUCAACCAGAGUGAGGCCCCCAGUCCCAGCUCCUCCCUUGCAGCCCCCAGCUCCCCACCAGGUGCCUCGAGGAAGGACCAGCCCUCGUUUACGCUGAGGCAGGUGAGCUUCCUGUGCGAACGCCUCCUCAAAGACCACGAGGAGAAGAUCCGGGAGGAGUAUGAACAGAUUCUCAACACAAAACUUGCAGAACAAUAUGAAUCUUUUGUGAAAUUUACACAAGACCAGAUCAUGCGAAGAUAUGGCGCCCGGCCUGCUAGUUAUGUCUCUUGAACUCCCGUCGACGAGGUCCCAGCCUCUCACAAGAUGGCCGCCCUUCUGCCCCUUCCUCCAUGUAAUUUUCAGUUUUAUUUCCUUUUUUUCUCAAGCCGUUUGGGUGCCAUUUAUAGCCACACCACUUAUUUUUUUUUUAAUCUAAAAGUGAUUUCUUUCUCAAACUAUUGCUGCUGCCCGAAAUCAAGAAGAAUUUAAGACGGAAAAAAGAAAUGCAAGAAGUCCCGUUUCACCCUCUCUCUCUCAUUGAUAGGCUCUCUCUCUGGAAAUCUUGACUAAAGCAAAGCAGAUUUGUGUCAAUCCUUUGCCGACGCUGUAAAAAAAACCUGCUUUGCUAAUGUGGUGGUUGUGUAUAACGUGCCAGCACUGCCCCUUCACAGCAGCUGUAUUAAAUAGCUUCUCACAUUCUCCCACUUUUCUUGUUUUUUCCUCCAGCUCUAUACCUGAGAAUGUGGAUUUUUUUCCCCUGUUUUAAAAAAAAUAAAGUUCCGUGAUUAAA